UUUUUUGUUUAAUGUUCGCCAAUUAUCAUGUUCAUUUAAUAAACUUCUUGUCCAAUCCUAAUUUUUUUUCCAAAUUGUUAACAUUAUUUCUACUAUCUUUACAUUACCAUAGCUUCUAUUACAGUUGUAUUGCGUUACACGAUGCGUUGAUGUCUUACUGAUUUUUAUGCUUUAUGAAUUAUUUUUUUCGAAAUGGGUACGAAAGAUAAUUAUAACAUAUAUGUUGGUGGCAAAAGUGGAAUUUUCAAAGGUGUAAGAAUAGAUAAGAAAGAAUGUAUGUCACAAAAUAUACAAAACUUAGUUUCCAUUACGGAUAACGAUGAAGUUACAACAAUGUCUUGGGGUGAUGACGAGGAGAGAGAAGUUCUAAUUGGUUGUGGUGUGAAAGAUAUUAGGAGAGCAAUUUUGACUGCUGUUCGAUCAGGCGAAAUAAAAUUAUGGAGGUUUAAAGAAGAAGACGGAUUUAUAAUAAAAGCUGGUGAAAAUUUAGACAAGAUGCGCCAUUCAAGAAUAAAAAAGGAGAUAAUAGCUACUGGAGGUCAAGAACAUGCAUUAAAGUUAUUUGAUAUAGAAAAACGAGUACAGAUAUUUACAGAGAAAAAUGUGCCUCAUGAUUGGUUGCAAGUCCGAGUUCCAAUUUGGAUUUCUGAUGUAGAUUUUCUUCCUGAUACAGAAGAAAUUGUUACAACUAGCAAAUAUGGAUAUGCAGAUUAUAGUUGGUUCUGGCAAAGGCAGAAUGAAUCUUGUAGAUUUACGAAAACCAGCUAAAAUACUAAAUACAUAUAAAGGAUUUGUUGGAGGUGUAACGGGAUUAGCUUGUAGUAAAAACGAACCUUAUGUUGUUAGUGUCAGUUUAGACCGAUUUUUGCGAAUACAUCAUAUCGAUACGAAAGAAUUAUUAAAAAAGAUGUAUUUAACGUCGAAAAUAUCAUGCAUGUUGUUACGUACAGAAUUUUCAUUGCCAGCAAAUGAAGAAGAAAAAACACAAAAACAUAAACAGAAAAUUACUGAAGAUUUUGUAGAAAAAAAGGAAGAACACAUAGAAAAUAAUUCAGACUCGGAUCCAGAAUAUGACAUGUUAUUUAAUAAGAUGCCAGUAAUUACUAACAAAGAAGAUAAAUCAAUAGAAAAAAAGCAAAAAAAAGCAAAAUAUUCGAGAUUAAAUACUGAAAUUAUUUUUCAUAAACGUAUAUCAAGUGUAAAUGAUUUACCAAAAAAGCAACUCAAGAAGAUAAAAAAAUCAGAUUCAUUAAUAGAAUUAUAAGCAGACAAUGAUAAUGAAUUCAUCUGACAUUUUUACUAUUGACGAAUAAUACGAAAGUGUCUAUAUUUUUAUAGAUCUACUUAUAAAAUUUGAAAAAAUGCUGUUUGUAUUAAAAAUAUAACAUUAAAAAUAUUAAUAUAAGAAGACAUAAUUUAAUAAUCAUACUUUCGAGAAAAUUAGGAUAACAAGGCACACAAAAAUCACCACAAACAAUAAAAUAAAAUGUUUCAGUUAUGAUGUAUUUUGUCACUCAGCAAUUC